GGUCUGGCCCACAAGUGGCAAGGGAUCAGUACACUUAACAUCCAUGAUAUUAGAAAAAUAAAGCAUGUCAAGAUCUGAUUGACUGAGUCUGGAACCAUUUUCUUAAUCCACACAAAGUAGCUGCUUUGACAUUUGUUGUUGACUUCACAUUGAGAAUUUUUAGUCUUGAAAUCUGACUUUGGUUGCAUCCGGGAUCACUUCUUAAUGUUUGAACAGCUGAGAAGGAAGUAUGCAGGUGUAAAAUGUCAUGAAACUCGGACAGGUUUUACUUUUUAUUUCUUUUUUUUGUGACUCGCACACGAGGGAAUGGACUCUGAACAACAGCUCAACAUCUGUCCUUGCAUAACUCGAUUUAAUCUCACAAGAUCUACUGAGAAUCUAUCUAUGAAUGUAGAUAUGUAUCCAAAGUAACUAAAAGCUUUCUCAUCAGAUCUGAAUCUGAGUUUGUGUAGAGUUAGUGCCAAGGUGUGACAUCACGAGGGAGGAGACAUCACAGGUUGGCUGUUACCAAGCAGGCAGUUUUACCUCUUAAGGCUGCAGUGGAGUUUGUGUGCAGCGUUUUGUAGGAUUAAGCAAUAAGUCUGGUGAAAUUCGUGCAUUUCUGUCUCAUUACUUUCGGACAUCACAGUCCUGUUUGUGUCACUGAGCCAGAGAAGGUUUUGUGUUUCCUUCUGAUGACGUACAUUGAUAUAUUCUUAUUGUCUUUCUCUGCGAUAAGCUUCCUCUGUACUGCCGCUUUAUGGCAUCGUAGCCAUCAAUGCGUGUUUUAAAGUCCGUAUCUCCCCCAUUGGCAACAUCAAACGCAUUUUAAAUAUGCGAUUAUACAAAAUUUGGCCCUGCCAGUUAUGGAUUUAUGCUCAUAUGUAUGUGCUACACUCCAUUAAAGGAUUUUUCUGAGACCUUCAAGAUGAAAAAUAUCUCAAUUAAAAAUGCACCUUGUGUAGCGGUUGGCAUGCCAGAGUGCCAUUCAUUAGCUGCUGUAUGCAGACAUGGCGUCUUAGAGCAGCCUAGUGAAAUUACAGGGGGAAGGACUGACAGCAAAGUCCAUAACAGUCCCAAAUAACACCCUGCUAUGACAAGGGAAAUUACCCGUCUUUGGAAUUGAGAUUUUAAUCGCGGGAUAUAAUGGUAUCGGCAUGAGGAAUGUGCAGUACGUGUACUCUGAUGCUUUCAUGUUUUGAUAAAUGCGGUGCCGAGGCUUAUUGUCAGUUUUGGGGAUUAUUGAGCAUUCUUUGGCAAAUAAGCAGAUUACUAAUUUUCUUCAAAUGGUAUGUUGAUUUAUUACCACUUGGAUGUUGAAGGAGGAUUAUCUCGCACUUCAUUCAUCAGGAUUUGGAGGAUAAAAUGAUCAUUUGUGUUUCAAGAAAACACCUUAUCGGAUAUAAUUCAUAUUCAUUCUGCAGUUUGGUUAACGCUGAAUAUCUUUGGCCGGAUUACGGUACAACCAGCCGGUUAUUACAUCCAGGCCCCAUUAAGAUUGUGUCAUUAUGUGCACGGCUCAGUGGCUGCACUCAAUGAGGGGAUCAGUAUAAGGAGUUCCCACAAUCUCUCAGGUGUCCUAUGCACAGGACAGCCUGGCCCAGGUUCACACAUAAAGGCUGCUUUUGUCUGGAGGAGGGAACAGGUAACCAUUUGUGCCUGCACUACUAGGUGUGCAUGAACUUCUGUUUGUGUGUGCGCAUAGGUGUGUGUGUGUGUGUGUUUGUGUUAGUGAGAGUGAGUGCAGGAGAGAAACAUAGAGCGAUACCACUGAUUGGGCGGCAUGCCAUUACCUCAAGGUGCAGGUGUGGCUUUUCAACAGCCUCAUGUUCACAGCGCACAGCACCACACACGUGUGCUCAUAGAAAGCAGGUAAACCAUUAUCCAUGAUCCAGUUUGUGAGUCCCCAGACGAACCGACACCAUUUUAAACAUAGUUGGACAUCCAGGAAAAGCAUUUUUUCCUCUUUAAGUGCAGAUCUAAGGGCAUCUUACACAACAUACAUUGAAUCAAAUGACCAUUACUUUGUUUCAAUUAGUAUCACUUGCAAAUCUGAAGGGUUGUGUUUUUGUGAGUUGCAAAGUUCAAGACCAUGGCACUGCCAGGCGUCUGACUUGUGUUGCUCUUAAAAUAUAGUUCCAAGGAAACGGAAGGCCUCGGAAAAGGCAAAUGGCUUUACCACAGUUUUGCACUUGAUGGCCCACGUUAACACACUCAUGGAAGGAGAGGAGCAAGAAGAUCGGUAUUGGUACUUUAAGAGCGACUCCUAUGCCCACGUUAAUUCAAUAGCCAAGCCUUGAACUUGCAUUCCUUCCCUUUACCCUCAGGGUGCAGCUCUUGCAAAAAUAAGUUUGCUUAUAACGACGUCAAUGAGUAAAUUACCCUGUUUCUCACAUGAUAUGUUUUUUACCUCUUUAAUCAUUGCACACAUGAGUUUGCUUAUUAUAUUCAUGUUUAUAUUACAGAUGUAAAGUUUAAUGUGAUACUUCUUAAUAUAAUAUGAGGUAUACUUACAGUAUCUCAUGAACAUUUACAGUGUCACAAUGUUAAACAUUAACUUACAAACUUUCGAUCACAGAGGGAAACAAAAAAAAAGUGGCAACUGCUAUGGCAUCAACUUAAAUACAAGGAAUGAAUUUUGUAUUCAUUCACGAAGUAAGCAUUAAUGCAAAUGUACUAUUUUAUUGAAGUUGAAGGUGCUAAGAGAAAUGAAAAUGUUAACAUCUUCCCAGAAGACUAUCCAGCCUACUUCGCUCUCCAAAACAAAUGCACAAAAUGAAGACAUAUGAGCAAAAAUAACAAAUAAUUUAACUUUACCCGUUGACCAAAUGAUACUACGGAAAACUGUACAGAGUCACCAAACCACCUUUAAAUGGUUGAACAAUGACUAAAUGUGGCACAAUGUGUGUUUGUCAUUGAGUGUAUGAGUUUGUUUGUCUCCACCCUCUGGACAUAUACUGUAAUCAUGCAAGUGUCCAGGUAACAAUUAAUAUUUUUAAUGAACUGAUUAUUGAAAAAAUUUAUUCCUGAUCUGCUACAAAGGCUUAAGGCUGCAGUAAAUAUGGAGACACUAAAAAAAAACAACUAAGGUUUACAGGUCUCAUCGACUGGGUGAAGAAAAAUGUAAUUAAUCCGGUGCGACUGCAGAAAAGUAACUGAGUUUACAGUUCCUUUGACCCGCUCUUUGAAUCUGGAGUUGAGGGUUGAGGAAGCAGGAGAGUAAAAAGAGACCGAGCUCCACAAGUGUGUUUUAACGGGCUGUCAGGAGAUCUGAGUGAAUGAACGACCCGCCGCUGGGAUUUAACAGAACCUCACUGGGAAUAUUCCAUCACAAAAGGUGCCUGCCAGCUAACGUCUGCCGACAGGAAGGCAAACCAACCAGCAGAGUGAUGGAUGAUCUCGGGUGAAAGCUCUCAUGUGUUCGUUCAGCCAUGCUUCCUGGCUAUGGAUUGUCACCUUUUCCUGAUUUCCAACCCCACCUUCACGCUUUUUGCUGCCGAGGAGAGAGUCCCAGCAUGUGGAUCCCGGGCUCAGGGGAGGCCCAGGCUCUGAGUGAGGCCCAGGAAGACCGGCCUCUCCUCCACCCGCGCCACCACAAGCAUGUCGCUGUGUGCCAGCAGGAAACAUUGGCUUUCAUUGAGCUGCAGCCCCCAGUGACCCCUAAACUGAACGGUCUUAGCUCUCCGACUGCUAUUCCAGAGACACAAUGCGCCGCACACUCCCUGAACGGCUUCACGCGCACUCUAAAUGAACUGAACGACUGCCUCCGCAAUGAGAAUGAGGAGGGGACGGCUGUGAAUUCGACCUCGUGUUCACCUGCGGGUGACUGUCAGCUCAAAUGCCACGAUAGCAUCAGGACUUCUUUAAAAGAGCGGGUGGAACAUGCUCACACGGUCACAGCCGCAUGCCGUCCUCUCCACGCCGCGCUCAGCCUCCCUCUGCCGUUACCUCUGUCCUCUCUCUAUACAAACGGAGACUCCUGGGAGUCUCAGUUACCUUGCUCUCCAUCCUUCCCCGAAGGUCCUGGGUUUCCGAGCCUGGACCCCUGCCAGCUGCAGCGGAGGACAUCGCAAGCAUCAGUGAAAGAGAAGUCCAUCCGGCGAAAGAUGCAGGUUUACUCGUCCGACAGCCCGAGCGAUGAAUCUCUCAGCAGCCCAAUCUUGGACCCAGACUACAUCUUCCAAGGACCUUUUGCAUCUUUCCUGGAGGAGGACCUCGGUGGAUUAUCCUCCCUGGAGGCCUGUCAAUGGCCUUCAUCCACUGACGGUCUUGCACGUCUCCCAAACCUCUGUCCCGAUGAUAUUUUCGAUCUCCCAGAGGAACCGCUGCACAUAAUAGAGGACUCAAUGACCCCGGUGGGGAAAGACAGUGGGAGUAUAGAGACAUCAAGUGCCGUGGGGGGGGGCUUUUUGCCACGCAGCCGCCAGGGGGACCAAGAACGCCGGCGCUUCUCGGCCUCAGAGCUGAUAUCGAGACUGCAGCUCUCUCAGAGGAAGAGCUCGUUCACCUUGAAGCUGGGGAAGUCGCUGUCUGCACGCGUGGCCUCCAGAGACAGACAGGGCCCCAGCAGCAUCAGCCCCAAUGCUGACUAUAAACCCAGCUGCAGGCACCGCAGCUCCGGAGGCUCUAGUGAUAGCGCCCCCCACAGUCCUGUAGGACCUGCACCUACUCCGCCCAGCGGGGACAACAGCACGUCUUUGCAUCGCUGGAGCACAAAACUCGGAAUGCGAAAGAAAUCGAUAGAGGAGGAGCUCUGCACCCUUCCAACCGUUGCUGGUUCCAACCGAUUAUCACGUUUUCUGCCUAGUUCCAUUCUGUACCAGGAAUACAGUGACGUCGCCAUCAACAGAGAGAUCCAGAGGCAGCAAGGGAAGGAGCCGGGCCCAGAGGAGGAGGGGCUCAGGGACGAGGGCUCGGAUGGGGCCCCGUCUCCUUCUAACCUGUCUCCAUCAAGCUCCUUUCGCUCAUCGCGGGGCUCCGCUUUUGCACUGUGGCAGGACAUCCCCGACGUUCGGACCAGCGGCCAGCUCGACAACUUCAGCAAUGAGGAACGGAAAUUACAGGAGGCAAAGUUUGAGCUGGUGACGUCCGAGGCGUCCUACAUUCGUAGUUUGACGAUCGCGGUGGACCACUUCAUGUUGUCUCAGGAGCUCGCCGAGUGUCUUGGAGCUCAGGAUAAGCAGUGGCUCUUCUCCAAGCUGCCUGAAGUCAAAGGUGUCAGUGAGAGGUUUCUUCAGGACUUGGAGCACAGGCUGGAGGAGGACAUUCUGCGUUUUGAUGUGUGCGACAUCGUCCUGGAGCACUGCCCGGCUCUUCGAAGGGUUUAUUUACCCUAUGUGACUAACCAGGCGUACCAGGAGCAGACAUACCAGCGUUUGCUGCAGGAGAAUCCUCGUUUCCCUGGCAUCCUGGCUCGUUUGGAAGAGGACCCAAUCUGCCAAAGACUACCUCUGACCUCUUUUCUAAUCCUCCCAUUUCAGAGGAUCACACGCCUCAAAAUGCUGGUGGAGAACAUCUUAAAGAGGACGACACCAGGCUCCCGAGAUGAGGACACUGCCACGAAGGCUUUCAACGAGCUAAAAAAGAUCAUCAAAGAAUGUAACUCCAGUGUGCAGUCAAUGAAGAGGAUGGAGGAACUUAUUCACCUCAAUAAAAAAAUCAAUUUUGAGGGAAAGAUCUUUCCUCUGAUCUCUCAGUCCCGCUGGUUGGUGAAGCACGGGGAACUCCUAGAAGUGGACACUCAGACGAUGAGUAUUUCUGGAUCAAAGCUCAAGUUGCCCACAAGGCCUGUGUACCUUCAUCUGUUCAAUGACUGUCUGCUUCUAUCCCGGAGGAAGGACACGUUGAAAUUCAUGGUGUUUGUACACGCCAAGAUAGGAGAGCUAAAAGUGAAGGACCUCAGUCAGAAGCUGCAGGGCAUCUCAGGCUUCAUCUUCCACUUGCAGCUUUGUGGAGGCCAACAGCUCAAACACCAAAUCCUGCUCAAGUCCCACACCGAGAGCGGGAAGCAGAGAUGGAUUACAGCCAUGUUUCCAUCUGAUCCGUUUGAAGACAUUGAGCAAGCCAGUGAGAAUGAGGAUAUAUCCCAGGUUCAGUGCAUUAAAAGCUAUCAGGCCCAAGAGCAUGACGAGUUAACACUGGAGAAGGCUGACAUCCUUCACGCUAAGACCAUCACAAGUGAUGGCUGGGUGGAGGGCAUCAGGCUGUCUGACGGAGAACGGGGCUGGUUCCCCAAAACCUACGUGGAAGAAAUCACGAGUCGCAGCGCUCGCCUCCGUAACCUGCGGGAAAAUAUCCGCAUCAAAUGUGUGACGCAGAAACUGGAGGGGGGAAGACUGAUCACUUUUACUGCCUAAUCACUUUACCCAAUCCCUGCUGCACCGUUGACCCCUUUGUCAUCUGUCAAAGGUAUGUUUCAGUUGUCGAGUUGCCUUUUUAAGCUUCGGGAUCAUUUUUGUCAUGAGUUUCGAUGAAUGUGGGACCUAUUUGAAGUACGCAAGUACUAAAACCGACCGACACCUGUGACGUUGUGCGAGCUUUUUUUCUUCUGCAAACAAACUUCCACUUUGGUCUUGGAAAAGAGAAUGCAGGGCUGAAACCGCUUCCAUAUGAAACACGUCGUGUUCAACAGAAGGACAUUUUUUGUUGGAGCUAUUUUCAUUUAAUAAGUCUGAAAAACACAGUAAUCUGAUCAUAUCCAAAGGUAAACCAGUCAAUUUCUCGGCUCAUGUAAGAAUGCACAUGUUUGGACCGUUAAGCGGUCAGCAUGAGAGUCAUUCAGUUGAUGUUGGAUUAUUAGAAAGUUGCUUGCGGUAGAUGGUUCAAUUGGGCUGCAUUAGGACCCAGUAGAGGCCUUUUAUAAGCCAUCUGUCUUCACUCUGUGCCGCUCUUGUUUCAGAAGACAAAUGAAAGGUUUUGAAGAUUUUUCUUUUCUUUCCAUCCGAUAUGUGAUUACACUGCAGUGUUGUUCCUUUGCAUCCAUGUAAUUUGUCAAAAACAUCCUUGCCUAUUUACUAAGGAGGAAGUCCAGACGAGGUUACUCAAGAAUGGUGGUUUUAAUUUGUAUUUUAUUAAAGAGGAUCUGAAAAUUCUGCUGUAACAAGUGAAGGACAGAUUAUCCUGUUAAAAAGGCCACAAUACACAAAUAAGGAUUAAGCGGGCAAUGUUUUUAACAUUUUUUAAAUUGUCAUCAAAUAAACUAUUUAUUAUAAUGGCAAGUAUUGUCUGAGAAGCUAAAGACUGAUCAAUCUUAUACUUCUCUGCCAUAGAGCUCCACUGGUGUCUAAAAACAGUUAAAGACACAAACUUAGACUCAAUGACAUUCCUUUGUUUCUAUGAACACUAUGUGGCUCAUCCCGGACUACAUAAACCACUAAUGCAAAUACUGACAGCACCAAAUAUUUAUUAAAUGCACUAUUUACUAGUACUAAUGUCUGCUAAAAAAACAACACUGCCCGUACAUUAUAGGCAAUGAUUUAGCCUCUUUAACUGUUAAAACUAUAUGUGAGUAAUUUAAAAUCUUUAGUGAGAACACGUUGGGCUAGGUGAUGAGUCCCACCGACACGGUAGAGAUUGUGGUCUUUUUACUUUAGUUGUUGACUGUAAGAAAAGAACAAAAUAAUUUGGAGGAAAUUGACAUCCACCAAAUCAUCUACAUUGACCGUCCAUUUGGUAAGACGUGAAGAUUUUGCCUUUACCUAACUUUUAUCAGUUUUAACCGCGGUUGGACUAACGCAAUGGUUAUUUUCAGCUUAUCAUGCAAUACUGUUAUAUACUGAGGCCUGAAUGACAUUUAGGCCUACGUCUUCCAUAUUACUCCCCUCAUUAGUUGCGAAACUCCCCAAAUGACCAAAAGUGCAGCAUAACGGAGCUGAGACCUGUUAUUAACAAACCACUAUAAUGAACAUUCAAUUGUAAACUUCCAGUGGCACAUACAAUGUUUAUAACCCCCUAUUUUCUAUGUAUGUGUUGUGAGCUGUAAUUUAAUUGGUUGCUGAUGUGUAUUUAUACUCCUCAAGCUGGUUGUUCUCUAAGGAGAUUUUGAUGUAAAUGGCCUUGUUCAGAUGGCUUCAUGUAUAAAGAGUAGAAAAUGAAUAAUUUACUAUUAGAUCUGUAAUUUAUGUGAACAAAGAUUCUAGAACUAUUAUUAGUUUCCAUUAUUAUACAGUUUUCAGUUUGAUUUAUUUCUAAUACUAGAUAUAAAUAUUGUAAUACACUGGAUGUUCACUGGACCAGCACACUACUGUAAAUGUUUAACCAUUGCAAUGAAUACAAAUACUUACAUUGUUUUAUUUUGCUGAAUAAACAACCCUUAAAGGUUUGUAGAAAGUU